GUUCUGCAAGUCCGCUCGUAUUAUUGAGUUUCUGAGUCGAGUGCAUGUUAUAGCGAGGAGUGUUGGUUAACAAAUACUAGUACUGCCUUGCCGCUGCCCAGCUCGUUGACUGUGUUGCAAUGGCAAACGCACCGAUCUCAGUCCCAGAAGUGUUCAAAAUGUUUGACACUGAUGGCGAUGGCUACAUACCAGCCAAUGAAAUUGGUACUCCCGUCCGGGCACUUGGUCACGUGAUCACUAAUUCAGAACUGGCGGCGCUGCUGAGAAGCGUUCAAGUUGACAAACGCGGGAAGGUGGAUAUGAAGACGUUUCAGAGAAUGGUGGACUCAAUUCAACCGGCAGACACCAACAGUCAACUCAAAGAGGCCUUCGAGAUCGUUGACAGAGAAGGCAGUGGGAACGUGAGCGCCACAGAACUGCGCCAUCUGUUGACGAGCAUGGGAGACAAAAUGACGGAUGACGAGUUCAACGUGCUGUUGCAGGAGCUGGACAUAGACAGAACAGGGAACAUCAAGUGUUCAGAUUUCAUCUACCUAAUGACCAGAUAACCUGAGUGGGUUACGUGACUGUGGAAUCAAACAAUGGCCAUCAUUCAACAUAUUAACAACCUUCUCUUCUGGUGUUGCUAAGAUCAUGAACACCACAUCCAUUACGUCCAAUGUCCGCAAUUCGCCUUUUCGUCUGAAUCACCCAGACAUGAAUCCAUGUUAUAUUGACUGUUAUGAUUGUAAAUAAAUUAUGUAAUUAGAA